UCCAUAGACGGUGGCGGCAUGCUCUGAAGAAGAUAUUCAGGCGAAGGAGAGGCUUGAAAAGCGGGUGACAGUCCUCGAGGCGCAGUUGACAUCCUACAAGGAAUCACUGGAGGUCUACGAUGGGCAAUUGAAGCGCUAUGAUGAGCGAUCGAAAUCCACGGUGGAUCGACUGGGCCGCUACGAUGAGCAAUCGAAAUCCACCAACGAGAGACUGAAACGCCAGAACGAGCAGCUGCAAUCCAUCAAUGAGCGAUUCGGCUCCAUGCAGGAACAGAUGAAGCUCAGCGCUGAACAGUUGAGUUCGAUAAAGGAGCAAUUGGACUCGACAACAAGCCGCUUAGAAAGACAGGAAAAACAAUACCAAGAAGCUGCAGCGUCGGAGUUGGAAUCCCGCAAAAGCCAGUCGGAACCCGAGUCACAUAGAAAACGAAUCCAGGAACUUGAGGAGACGAUCAAUCGAUGGCACCAGCUCGAAAAGCUGGAACAGAACAUAUCUCUUCUAAAAAGUCAAUUCGCCGCGCGAUUGCCAGUAGAUACCUCCUCGCGCUCGAACUUCGCGAGAGAAGCAAAUUCAUCGCACGGUACACUGAAAAUGGCGCCUCUUGACGGAUCGAACAUCGCGUCUGAUUCCCUUGCAACGAUCAGGAGUGCCUUGCAAGAGUCCUUCAAUGAGCUAAUAGUACCUAUACUCCGUCGAGUCGUGCAGAACGAGUCUACAGAGCAUACGCGCGCGGACCGGACCCUAACUGCUCAUGGGAUCCCUUUCCCGCCGACAGAGAGGGAUACUGCACCGCGUGCGAGUGUAGAACAGUCUUUGUGGUCCAAACAGGUCAGAUCUCUGGUUUUUUUUCCUGUCGCAACUUCGCUCAUGACAUGUUGCAAGGGAGUGCAACAGGAUUGCGACAGAAGCAAUCAGCAUAUCCAUACGCGCAAUAUCCCGUCUUAUGCCUAUACAGCACAGCCUUCACGGUCUGGACAGGUUAAUUCUCCGCUCCUUCAUAGCACCAAUGUUCACGCGCUGUCUCAAGGGAAACCAGCCGGACCUUCACGAAAAUAACCAGUGUACGUACGCACAAAGCUUCCCCGGUCGAACUGGGCAGAUAAGGGAGCAGUUUCAAGUCCCACGAGGGUACUGGUUGAACGAGAAUCGGCCUACGACAGAUUCACGUCAGCAAGGCGAUCGAAUGCGCAAGCC